AUGUCUACCCCCGGCGGCAGCAAAAGAAACUCCAACAUGUCCACUCCCGGCGGCAGCAAACGAAACUCCAACGUCGUCAAUAUCUACGAAGAGGACGAUAAUCAAAACCACAACCAAAUCUAUUCUCAUCAAACACCUGAUCCUUUACUUCCCGAAAUCGAGCCCCCGGGAUUAAAGCGUCACGAUUCCUUAGAUAUCGAGUCUGCGAAAAUUCACGGCCACCACGGUCACCAUGGCACCAAGGAUUGGGGAAUAAUAUUGAGGCUAGCUUUCCAAAGCAUUGGGGUGGUUUACGGCGACAUCGGGACGUCGCCGUUGUAUGUGUAUGCGAGCACUUUUACUGACGGGAUCAAACACGAAGAUGACAUUUUGGGCGUGUUAUCGCUCAUCUUUUACACUAUCACGUUAAUUCCUGUAAUUAAGUACGUUAUGAUCGUCUUACAUGCCAACGAUAACGGCGACGGGGGUACUUUUGCAUUGUACUCGAAACUAUGUCGGUUUGCAAAGGUUGGUGUAAUCCCGAGUGAGCAAGCAGAGGACCGAGAGGUUUCCAAUUUCCAACUUGAAUUACCGAGCAAAGUUAACACAAUAUCGUCAAAAUUCAAGAAAGCUCUCGAGAAUAGCAAGUUUGCGAAGUUUUGUCUUCUAUUCGCUGCCAUGCUCGGGACUUCUAUGGUUAUCGGUGAUGGCAUCCUCACUCCCUCCAUAUCAGUUUUAUCAGCAGUAUCAGGGCUUAAGGAAGCAACAGAUACCAUGACAGAAGGUCGGAUUGUAAUCGUGUCAGUUAUAAUCUUGAUAACGUUAUUCAUGGUUCAAAGAUUCGGAACCGAUAAAGUUGGCUACUCUUUUGCCCCGAUCAUUUGCGUUUGGUUUGCCCUCAUUGGCGGAAUCGGUGUCUUCAAUUUCAUCAAGUUCGACCCUUCUGUCGCCAAAGCCAUAAACCCUAAAUACAUCGUCGAUUACUUCAGACGAAACAAAAAGGAUGCUUGGAUUUCACUUGGAGGCGUCGUCCUCGCCAUUACAGGAACCGAGGCGAUGUUUGCUGAUCUUGGACACUUUACGGUCAAAUCGAUACAAAUAAGCAUGGGUUGUGUCGUUUAUCCGGCCUUGAUCACAGCGUAUAGUGGUCAAGCAUCGUGGCUAAGAAAGCACCAAGAUGACGUAGCCGACACAUUCUAUAAGUCGGCUCCGGAUGCCUUGUAUUGGCCGGUUUUCGUGGUGGCGGUUAUGGCAGCGAUUAUAGCAAGUCAAGCUAUGAUAUCGGGAACAUUCUCGAUCAUCAAACAAUCACUUUCGCUAGGGUGCUUUCCUCGUGUUACAGUUGUGCAUACAUCGGAAAAGUAUGAAGGACAAGUUUUCAUACCGGAAAUGAACUAUCUUCUUAUGAUCGGUUGUGUUAUUGUUACCGUUACAUUCAGAACUACCGAAAACAUCGGCCAUGCUUACGGUAUCGCGGUGAUAUUUGCCGAGACGCUCACAUCGUCGUUCAUGGUGGUGAUCAUGCUCGUUAUAUGGAAAACGAACAUACUUCUGGUGAUCUUAUACGUUCUCGUGAUUAGCUCCACGGAGUACUUCUAUUUAAGCUCGGUUUUGUACAAAUUUGGUGAAGGCGGGUACUUGCCAUUUUCAUUCGCAAUCGUGCUAAUGUUCAUAAUGUGCACUUGGAACUACGUUCAUCGAGCGAAAUACAACUACGAGCUCAAUCACAAGGUGCCACGAGAAGUCAUAAAAGACAUUGUUUCGGACACGAGCAUAAGCAAGAUGCGUGGACUCGCAAUCUUCUACUCCGAGCUCGCCCAUGGAAUUCCCCCGAUCUUUAAACAUUAUGUUGAUAACGUGCCCGCUUUACAUUCGGUUCUCGUGUUUGUUUCCAUCAAAUCGUUACCAAUAAGUAGGGUGGCACCAGAAGAGCGAUUCUUGUUCCGAAGGGUGAAGCCAAAUGAGCUCUAUGUUUUCCGAUGUGUGGUGAGGUACGGGUACACUGACGUGCGCAACGAAAAGGACUCGUUUGAGAAGAUUUUGAUCGAACAUUUGAAGGAAUUCGUGGAAACCGAUUAUAGAGCUCCCGAAGAACAAAACCGUCGUGUAGCGGAUGAAGAUCUGGUGGUUCUAGACAAAAGUUGGCGAGCAGGAGUCGUGCAUUUGGUGGGCGAGCACGAGAUCGUGUCUAAAUCAGGGUCUUCGAUUGGGAAGAGGUUUUUGAUCGAUUACGCUUACAAUUUCAUGAGGAAGAACUUACGGCAAAGUUCAAGUGUGUUCGAAAUUCCGCAUAAAAGGAUGUUGAAGGUCGGAAUGACUUACGAGCUUUAAAGACGAUGAUGCAAUAUGUUUAUAUAUCGAACGCUAUAUAAAUAAUGCAUUUUUAACGAUAAAAAAAGUAACGUUUGAAGUGUGGAAAAUAUCGAAUUUGGAAAUUUGUAUGGUUUGUAUUUUCUUAACAUGUGGUUUGUUUUUGAGUUUCGAUCGUUUGAUAUGAACUUGAACGAUCACAUUCAAUUAAUUGUAGAUGUCUGAAUGAUGUAAUUAUAAAAUACUAUUACGUUGAAUACGGUUUUCUA